GCCAGCCCUGCUCCCAUUAUCGUGAACACAGACUCGCUGGAACAAGGGCUCUCUGUGAAUGGCAGCGAUGGGAUGUUCAAAUAUGAGGAGAUUGUCUUGGAAAGGGGUAACUCUGGCCUCGGCUUCAGCAUAGCAGGAGGAAUUGACAACCCCCAUGUUCCAGAUGACCCAGGUAUCUUCAUCACCAAAAUCAUCCCCGGGGGAGCAGCAGCCAUGGACGGCCGUCUGGGGGUGAACGACUGCGUGCUGCGGGUGAACGACGUGGACGUCUCUGAGGUAGUGCACAGCAAAGCCGUGGAGGCCCUGAAGGAAGCGGGCCCCGUGGUGCGGCUCGUGGUGCGCCGCCGGCAGCCCCCGCCAGAGACCAUCAUGGAGGUCAACCUGAUGAAGGGCCCCAAAGGCCUGGGGUUCAGCAUCGCAGGGGGCAUCGGGAACCAGCAUAUCCCUGGGGACAACAGCAUCUACAUCACCAAGAUCAUCGAGGGAGGUGCUGCCCAGAAGGACGGGCGCCUGCAGAUCGGUGACCGGCUGCUUGCGGUGAAUAACACAAACCUGCAGGACGUGAGGCAUGAGGAGGCAGUGGCUGCCCUGAAGAACACCUCUGACAUGGUGUACCUGAAAGUGGCCAAGCCCGGCAACAUCCACCUCAACGACAUGUACGCGCCCCCCGACUACGCCAGCACCUUCUCAGCUUUGGCUGACAACCACAUAAGCCAUAACUCCAGUCUGGGCUACCUCGGCAGCGUUGAGAACAAGCCUGCCUACCCAGUCCCUCCCCAGGUGACUCCGUCCCGGUACUCACCCAUCCCUCGGCACAUGAUAGGGGAUGAGGACUUCACCAGGGAGCCCCGGAAAAUCAUCCUGCACAAAGGCUCCACCGGUCUGGGCUUCAACAUCGUCGGAGGGGAAGAUGGUGAGGGGAUCUUUGUGUCCUUCAUCCUGGCCGGAGGCCCUGCCGAUCUCAGCGGGGAGCUGCGGAGGGGAGACCGCAUCCUUUCGGUGAACGGCGUGAAC